CUUCCCCCCUCUCCUUUUCUUUACCUUCUUCCUCCUCAACCAACCACAUCAUUUCCUCCUUCUCCUCUGACUCCGAUUAAUUCUCCACCACCACAUCGCAAACCCUAGAGCCCCAAAUUCAAGACCUAAAAGACAGAGGUCAGAACAGAGGUUUGAGAUCCGUCAUCGGCGACGACGACUACAAAAUGGAGCUUUUCCCUGACUUAUCUCUCCAAAUCAGCCCUCCAAGCUCCACCUCUCGAUCUUCAACUCGGAAGAACCCUAAUCUCAUCGAUCAGAGCUUUGAGCUAGAGUUUUGGAGAAGGCCACUACCCACCGCCGCCUCCGACCGCCGAGAUGCAACUAUAGAUUUAGAUCUCUCCUCGCCAAGCUCGAAUAGUACUGCUAGUAGUAAUUGUAAGCACCACAAUCUCCGCCUUCACCCCUAUUCUCACCUAUUUCCUCACCGAAGAGGAGGAGUGGACGGUGGCGGAGGCGGCUGCGGCGGCGGUGGUGAAGGAGGAGGUUAUGAAGAUAGUAAGCCCAUAAAGGGGAUCCCUAUCUACCACAACCCUCCACCUUCCUUUUCUCUCCUGGCUCUCCAACGCCGACCAUUGUGCAAGGCCUCCUCGUCCUCCAGCAACUUCGCGUUCCCCUUCGCCGCCUCGCAAUUAGGGUUCGCCCAGAGAUCAUCGGCGAUGAGAAUGCCCCUCAUGAUUACCAGGCGAGGCGGCGCUAGGGCACCGAGGAUGCGGUGGACGACGAACCUCCACGCACGGUUCGCGCACGCGGUCGAGUUGCUCGGAGGCCACGAGAGAGCGACGCCCAAAUCAGUGUUGGAGCUCAUGGAUGUGAAGGAUCUCACCUUGGCUCAUGUCAAAUCUCACUUGCAGAUGUAUCGAACUGUGAAGAACACUGACACGACAAUAGUUUCUUCAGGGCAAUCUGAUGGAUUUGAGAACGGGUUCAAUGGAGAAAUAUGCGAUGACAAUUUGCCGGAAAUUAAUCCAAGCACGCAAAGAGUAAGAGCACAUCAUGGAGCCACUCAUAAUGACUUUGGGAGCAAUAAUUCAUCGAGUAGGGGAGGCUCCUCCACUGGCUUUCCUAGUGAUUCCACCACAACAAGUAUGAAGUCAUUUAAGAAGGGCGUGCAAUCGAAAAGCUUGGAAAUGUGUUCGGAUUUGAACUCGUCAUGUGUGUCAGAGACAUUGAGCUCGAGCCAACCUAAUCUCGAGUUCUCUUUAAGGGGGCCUCAAUGACCUAUUUAAAAGUGCAAAAGGAGCAUUGCUCAUGGCUAAAUAAAGAGCUCAAAAGAAAGAGAGACAAGGAGACAAUUGAACCAAAAGGCAGAGAGGAGGGGAAAGAAAAAGAGAAAAAGAAAGGGAGAUUGUUUCUCUAUGUACUGUAUAUUUCAACCCGAAACAUUUUAUCGUUAACCCUCAAUAUUAUGCUACAUGUGUGUCUUGAGAGGAAAGGGGCGAUAAAGUUACCUCUCAUGAAUGUCUUGAUGUGCUUUUUCUCCUCCUUUAUAUUCUCCCAAGAAAGGAAAAGGGAGACAUGAGAUACACAUCUACAAAUCGAAAAUUGAAAGAUGUAUUCUAUCUAUAGAUCAACAAGAUCAUCUAACAAAGUCUCUCUUCUCAAAUGCAUUUCCUUUUGUCAUCGAAAUCAUAUUCUUAAUCAAAGUACGUACUCUUAGUUAGUGCAUGCAUUUCCUUAAUAUAAUUCUAUCGAUCCCUUAAGUUUAAUUAUGACUUGGAUUGAUAUAUGCACAAGGCAUGUUACGUUGAUUAGUUGCUUUUAAUCAGCAAGAUUGAAACAAACUUACAAAUCGCAUGAUCCGGGACAAAAAGGAGAUUAUGGCACAGCAAAAUUCUGCUUUCUUCAUGUGCUUGUGCUCCCUCACUUGCAUGUAUACAUGUCAGAAACUUUAACAAGCCAUCUCUGCCUUUUGAUUGCUUUGUCCAUAAUGCAUUGCUUUUGUUUCAUAGGACACUGCUCCUGUUUCUUCCCCCACUUCCCUACCCCAUGCCAAGAGCUGUCUCUCUCUAUAUUUUCACCCGACUAAUUAUGAAGAUAAACCGUUUGACUCUCUAGUUUACUUACCGAGUAAAUUUGAAACACAACUUCUGUAUAAUGGUUCUCUAAUUAUUCCUCUAAGUACUUUACUACUGUUCCACAUCUAUGUGGAUAAAGUUGUUAUAUGGAUUUAAAUUUUUUUACAUGUUGGUAUAAAAUCCUCCAUUAAAUUAAGUAUUGAUUAAAUUUUGUUGGUACUGUUGUCUGACUAGCUAGUUCCUAUUCAACAUUCUUCUACACUGAAAAUAAAUGGUAAGAAAAUCAAAACCAAAACUAAUUAAGCAACUUAAUUAUUGAUUCAAACAAAAGUUAAAAAAAAAAAAUAAAGCAGGUAAAGGCAUAACUGAAAGCAUAAAGUUUCAUGGAUGAGAUCAAUUAAAUGAAAAUAAAGAAUCCUUUCUUGCCUUUCAUGGAUGAGACCAAUAUUUACUGCACCUUUUAACACACUCUUUAGUUUCUCACAUUUGUUUCUUUUUCUGACAGCACUAAAGUACAUUUAACCCUUUUUUUUUGGUCUUUAGUUAUAAUUAACUUGCAAGCUAUAAUAAAACAAUGACUAGUACAACGUAUAUAUGUGACAUUUAUCUCACAAUUACAUUUAAUUAUCUCCCCCUUUUUCUUCGCUGGCAGCAGCUAAAGACAGAGACUUGCAGCAGCAACGUUAAGUCUGCUUUCUACUUCUCUCUCUUCUCUUUGGAUUGGCACCAGAGCUGCUCUGCUCUGCUCAGCGAGGUGACCCAUCCAUCUUCUUGAUGUAUACAUGUCUUUUGAUAUUAUUAUUUUCUUGUCAAUUUUGUGUUACUACUCGCACUUGACUGAGAAAAUUUAUUUGUCAACCUUAAGAGGUUUCUGUUUGGUCAGCAUUAAGUAGGGUUGGUCGGUCUCUUUGUCAAAGUGGUGAUACUUUUGGCGUCCGAGUAGGUCAAAGUUCUCAGUUAUCAAGUGAAUGCAAACCUUGGCACAGGACAGUGAGGUCUCAGUGACCGAAGAGACUUUCACCACAAUAUAUCAACUCGCUCAUAUUCUAAAUGGUGUUUUAGAAAGGCCAUAAACUUCUCUUUUUCAAUGUUAUAGUUAAAGACAUUACUGGCCAACAAAUAAACAGAGAGGAGAAAGAGACGUAGCAGGGAGGAACAGCACAAAGAAUGGUACACAAGGGUCCCCUUGCUGGACCAGUAGAACACCUCGAGGACCAAUGGAAGAGCAGUAAUGAAUGGAAAGCAGCCAAAGCAGUGACGCAGGAACCGAGGUGGUCAGGGAAAAUCAUAUUGCACUCCAUUCUUUAUGAUUGGAAGGAUAGCAGAGCAAGAGCUGCCCGGGCACGCCGUCCCACGUAAACCCAUGCAUGCAUGCAUGAAUGCAGCAGUGCCACAGUGACAGUGAAUAGAUAUGUAACAAGAAAAGAAGAGAGGUGAAAGAUAACCUAACGUGGAGCGACGCUGCCUUGAAUACCGGGGGACGGGCGAGUGGUCGCCAUCAACGCCCGUGGAGGAGAGGAGAGGAGCCGCCCGUGCUUCCCCUUUUGCUUCAUCAUCUG